GAUCGCCUUGUCGCGCGGCCUGAGGAGGGACCACAUAGAUCACAGAAUGCUUCAGCCAGCGAGGGCUCGACGUUUCCACAGCAUCCACUUCGCCUUCUGAUAUCGCGGACUUUCCGGCGGGCGGCGUGAAAGUGGGGAAUUGUUGGAGACCUCCAGAUUCGCGAAAUGUUGGAAUGGAAGGCGCAGACUCUGACUCGCCGUCUCAAACAGGAGUAUGAAGUGCUUCGCGGAUCUGGGAUCAACGAGAGACAAACUUGGUUUUCUUCGGAUAUCACUAAACGCUCGCGGGGAAAUACACUAGCGCGGAUAACGAGACGCUCGGCGCAGACUUUGCAACAUGGCCUCGGCUGUUAAUGUGUCCUCCGAGCAGGAAAACAGAGACCCCGAUCGGCCGAGGUUAACGCGGAGAAAUAGGGGCAACUCUCGGACCGCCGCGGCGGAUUUGGAGUAUUUGCAGCGGCCGAGCUAUUGCGAUGCCGCCUUUGCAUUGGAGCAGAUUUCAGAGGGGAAGGCGACUGGGAGGAAAGCGCCGCUGUGGUUGAGAGCAAAGUUUCAAAGACUUUUGUUUAAACUUGGCUGUUACAUACAAAAGAACUGCGGAAAGUUUUUAGUUGUGGGACUUUUAAUAUUCGGAGCUUUUGCUGUUGGCUUAAGGGCAGCUAAUCUGGAGACGGACGUGGAGAAACUCUGGGUAGAAGUGGGCGGCAGGGUGAAUCAGGAACUCAAGUACACGCGGCAGAAGAUCGGAGAGGAGGCCAUGUUUAGUCCUCAGCUCAUGAUACAGACGCCGCGACAGGAAGGUGCUAACAUUCUGACCGUAGAGGCGCUCAAGCAGCACCUCGACUCUGCCAUAAAGGCCAGCAGAGUGCACGUUUACAUGUACAACAGGCAAUGGAAAUUGGAACAUUUAUGCUACAAAUCAGGAGAACUUGUUACAGAAACCAAUUUUGUGGACCAGAUUAUAGAGAAACUGCACCCAUGUCUGAUCAUCACUCCUCUAGAUUGCUUCUGGGAAGGUGCUAAGCUACAUUCAGGAACGGUCUACCUCCCUGGCAAAGACCCAGUGCAAUGGACCAACUUUGAUCCGAUGGGAUUCAUUGCUGAGCUGAAGAUGCUGAAGUAUCCGGUGGACAGCUGGGAGGAGAUGCUGGUCAAAGCAGAGGUGGGCCAUGGCUAUAUGGACCGUCCCUGCCUAAAUCCUGCGGACCCCGACUGCCCGUUGUCAGCUCCCAACAAGAAUAUGACACGGCCUUUUGACGUGGCUCGUGUUCUGACUGGUGGCUGCUAUGGGCUUUCCAAAAAGUACAUGCACUGGCAGGAGGAGCUUAUCGUAGGUGGGACCAAGAAGAACGACAGCGGCAAACUUCUGAGUGCACAGGCCCUCCAGACCAUGUUCCAGCUCAUGACCCCAAAGCAGAUGUACGAGCACUUGAAGGGCUACGAGGAGGUCUCGCACAUCAACUGGAACGAGGACAUAGCAGCUGCCAUACUAGAGGCCUGGCAUAGGAGAUACUCUGAGGUUGUCCAGCAGAGUGUGUCAGUAAAUUCGUCUCAGAAAGUUCUCACAUUCACCACCACCACCUUGGAAGACAUCCUCAAGUCCUUCUCUGAUGUCAGUGUGAUCCGUAUCGCCAGUGGCUACCUCCUAAUGUCUCAGGCUGCAGUGGUCGUGGUGUUUAACUUCGCUAUGGUGCUGCUCAUCUUUCCUGCCAUCCUCAGCAUGGACCUGUACCGCCGAGAGGACCGCCGCUUCGACAUUUUCUGCUGCUUUGUCAGUCCUUGCGCUAACCGGGUGAUCCAGUUGGAGCCGCAGGCGGCGUCUGCUGACUCCUCUGCUGAAUCCAGCCGCUGCAGCCCUCCACCCUCCUACAGCAGCCACAGCUUCGCCCAGCACACCCAAAUCACCAUGCAGUCCACCGUACAGCUGCGCACAGAGUACGACCCCAGAACACAGGCCUACUACACCACGGCCGAGCCCCAUUCUCACAUCUCCGUUCAACCCUAUGCCCCCAAUCCCAAUCCCAACCACAACAACAAUAACAACAACAACCGCAACAACAGCAGCAGUGCAGGGCCAGGACCGGCUUCUGAUACAGCAUCCUGCCAGAGUCCCGACGGCGCGAGCUCCACACGAGACUUGCUAUCUCAAUUUGGGGAGUCGAGUUUACGCUGUCUGGAGCCGCCGUGUUCACGAUGGACAUUUGCAUCGUUCGCCGAAAAGCACUAUGCGCCGUUUCUGCUGCAGCCGACAACAAAGGUGGUGGUGAUUUUUCUCUUCUUGGCACUGCUCGGGGUCAGUCUGUACGGCACCACCCGUGUCCGGGACGGUUUAGAGCUGACUGACAUUGUGCCACGAGAGACGGGCGAAUACGACUUCAUUCGUGCCCAGUUCCGCUACUUUUCCUUCUAUAACAUGUACGUGGUGACCCAGAAAGCUGACUACGCACAGAUCCAGCCUCAGCUCUAUGAGCUGCACCAACACUUCGGCACUGUGAAGUACGUCCUGUGGGAGGAGAACGGCCAGCUCCCACGCAUGUGGCUGCAUUACUUCAGAGACUGGCUGCAAGGUCUGCAGGAGGCGUUCGAUAAGGAUUGGCAGGCCGGUAGGAUCACUCAGGGGAACUAUAGGAAUGGCUCUGAUGAUGGCGUCCUGGCCUACAAACUCCUGGUGCAGACCGGCCGCAGAGACAAGCCAGUCAACAUAAACCUGCUAACUAGACAGCGUUUGGUGAGCGCCGAUGGAAUCAUCAACCCAAAUGCCUUCUACAUUUAUUUAACUGCCUGGGUGAGCAAUGACCCAGUGGCCUACGCUGCAUCCCAGGCCAGCAUCCGUCCGCACCCUCCUGAGUGGCUCCAUGACAGGACAGACUCCAUUCCUGUCAGCAGACUCAAUAUUCCUGCCGCUGAGCCCAUCGAAUAUGCACAGUUUCCCUUCUACCUCAACGGGCUUCGCGAGACGCCACAGUUUGUGGAGGCCAUCGAGAGCGUCCGCUCCAUCUGCAGCAACUACAGCCGUCAGGGCCUGCCCAGCUACCCCAACGGCUACCCCUUCCUCUUCUGGGAGCAGUAUGUAGGCCUGCGCCACUGGCUCCUGCUGUCCAUCAGCGUCGUGCUGGCCUGCACCUUCCUGGUGUGCGCCAUCUUCCUGCUCAACCCCUGGACUGCGGGAAUCAUUGUCUUGGUGCUGUCUUUGAUGACGGUGGAGCUGUUUGGCAUGAUGGGAUUGAUCGGCAUCAAGCUCAGCGCUGUCCCUGUUGUCAUCCUUAUCGCUUCCGUUGGCAUUGGUGUGGAGUUCACCGUCCACGUGGCACUGGCGUUCCUCACAGCCAUCGGGGACAGGAACAAGCGAGCCAUUCUAGCACUUGAGCAUAUGUUCGCACCAGUGCUGGAUGGAGCGUUUUCCACCCUGCUAGGAGUCUUGAUGCUGGCAGGGUCAGAGUUCGACUUCAUAGUCAGGUAUUUCUUCGCUGUUUUGGCCAUCCUAACAGUGUUAGGGGUCCUGAAUGGACUGGUGCUGCUCCCAGUCUUAUUGUCCUACUUUGGCCCUUAUCCUGAGGUAUCUCCAGUGGAUGGGCGAAGCCGGCUGCCCACACCGUCCCCAGAGCCUCCCCCACAGGUGGUCCGCUUCACCAUGCGACCCAGUCACACGACCCCUGAAGCAGGUUCAGACUCUUCAGACUCAGAAUAUGGUUCCAACACUACUGUGUCCGGCAUUAGCCAAGAGCUUCAGCAGUAUGACCUCCAGCCCAACAGGGAGCGAUCAGCCAGACUAGAGGAGGUGCGAAUCGCCACAGGGGGACGACAAGGCAGUCGUCAAGUUGAACUGCCAAUGUUUCCUCCUUACUCAGAUGACUCUAGACCGCAGAAACCACCGCAGCAUUACAGGUCCACCCAUCUACCCAGUUCUCAGGAUGCUGGACCUCAGUCGUCAAAGCGAUACUGUAGCAGGGACCCUAAGAGGGACUUUGGGAGCGGACACCCGCCCCCCCCUCACAGGCCGCGCAUGGAUGCUUUUGAAACCUCUACUGAGCCAGGUGGCUGUUCGGGCCCCAACCACCGGGAACGUUCAGGGGCCCAUCGCCCCCGCUCACACAACCUCUACACUCACCCUUCCCAUCCGUCCACAGGCCCCUCCUACUGUCAGCCCAUCACAACAGUGACAGCCUCGGCCUCAGUGACGGUCGCCGUUCAUUCGGGGAUGCCCGGCCAGAGCCCCGCCUACCCGUCUUACCCCUCCAACGACAGCUAUCACACUUCAGAAGAUGUCUACACUGACCCUCACUUCUCCGACCCUCACGUGCCCUUUGACAAGAGCAGCGACAGCUCGAAAACAGAGGGCAUGGAGCUGCAGGAUCUAGAAUAUGACACUCCCAAUGUCUGCCACUCAAGACCCCCCAGCUGAGUGGUUGAAUGUUGAAGCUCAAACAGCCAAAGAUGGGACAUCAGUCUGCCAGCGUGGCAGAAACAUGGUGCUGCAUGGCGGGGACACUUUGACUGUGUUACUGUAUAACCCUGGUGUAUUAUUGUUAGAUUUUUCUAUAAGUAUUUAUGUGUACACAAAUGUAAAUAAUGAACGAGAGUAGCUAUAAUUUGACUGGGGUCAUCAGACUUGUGUGUUCCAAGUGCCCACCCAUCAUUUGUGUGUGUAUCUGUGCCAUAAGGAAACUUCAUUCUUGACAAACAUUUCAGCAUACGGUCGUUGCUGCUUAUGAUAUUGUUGUAAUGUUUUAUAAUGCUAUGCAAUUAUUUUCACUAAUUUUAUAGAACCGUGCGUAUGAGAGUUUGAAAAUUUGUUGUUGUAUGUGUGAAUAUUUUUGGUUCACGUCAGACCCCCUAGACCCCUCAGAUGCAUAUUAACUAACAAGUACCAACUCUAAGUGACCUAACAUAAUAUGUUAAAUGAUUUUGUGGCAGUUAAAUGGAUUUGCAUUGCACUUACGGUACACUUCUGUUCAAAACACCAGUACAAAACUGCACAGGUCCUUUCACUUUCAGAGAACACAUUCAGGGAAAUAUUUGUUCAGACAUAUGCUAGAUAUGUAAAAUUCACAUUAAUGUCCAGUUGUUUGUCGACAAGCAUCAGAUGUUUAAGCGUGCGUGCGGAUGUUUGCGUUUUGUGUAUAUUGAAGCAUUAGAGUUUAUGCUAAUUUGCUUAUCACAAACCUGUGGUAGUUGGAAAAAAACAAAUACUGUUUAACAAUGAAACACGCUAUGCGUGAGAAUUUAGCUGCGCAGAAAUGAAGAAGGAAACGAGUGAUUGUUGGAUGACUGUGCCUCUGUUUUUCUGUCCUCUGUACUGGAACUCUCUCUGGUCUUUUGUACUUCAUACUCCAGUUAUUUACUGUAAAUCGGCCAUUUGUGCCCACCCUGAAUUUGUUCAUGACUCCAACUUUGCAUUACUAAAGUAAUGCAAUGUGACGGUAAUUUAGGGUUUCUCUUGUAGCUUCGUUUUUUUUUUUUUUUUUUACAUUUAAGGCAUUAUUUCCUGUCAAUUCAAUCGUGGUUUAAGCUAAAACAUUACUGGUGCAAGUUGCAACAGUAUUCGCUCUGAAUCUGGUGGCGUAACUUUUUUUCCUCAUUGUCUUUUUUUGUUUGUUUUGAUAAGCUAAGCUAAUGAGCAUUCUCAAGGUGUGCGUCGCACAAUGGCCGAUCACGACGAUGGUUUUUGUCGAUUCGUUGACCUCCUCAAUGACAAACCGCAACUACUGGCCCUAAUUUAGCAAGAGCAGUUCUCUGCGCUGACCUCACCUCAUAAAAAUCCACAACAUAACGCUGUGACACUAAUUGGAAGUUCCCCCACAACUGCCAAAUGGUGCAUGCGAGUGCUUUAAGGGUCAAGGGUCGUGGAGCCCCCACUUCUCCGUGGCUCUGAAGCUGGCGUGUGUGUCUUUAAGAGUGUGUUUGUGUGUUGGUUGUGACCCCCUUGUCCAGAUUGACUUCAUGUCAAACAUAUGUUUGAUCUUGACGAAGACUUUGAGAGUUGUUCUGUGUUGUUUGUUUGUUGUGUUGGUGUUCUCCUACAUGUCACAUUGGCAGAAAUGGGAGAAAAUCAUGG